AUGCAUUUACACCACACUUACCGCCACUAUCCGCUCACCACACUUACCACUUCGCCUUCGCCAACAAUCUUGUGCCCGUUCUUCCAAGGCACAAUGUCUCACAACGAGGAAUCAUCACCGACGGAAUCCCGUGUUGUUUUGAGGACCCAGGGUAUGAACGAAGUCUUACCGCGUCAUGAUCUCGACAUGUUCACGUCUGCUGGAACGUACCCGCACGGGAGUUGGGAGCUCUCUGAGGUCGGUCAGCCUCACCAAUUCCAAGCCGCUUACUGCGUGCGAGAUGCUCAGGGGCAAAAAGUACGCGCGCCAAUACCACUGGUCAGCCUCUCCGCAGUUACAAAUCAAGAAGAAAUUUAUCAGCACUGCACAGUCUAUCACUAUGAUCCGACAUGCCAGAGCCGACGUAACACAGAUCACCACCAGACAGCUUCCGCCUUUGGCCAGCAGCAACACCAUCUCAACAAUGCUCUGCUACAGGAGCAAAGCAGUUACCAACCGACAGCAUUGGAUGUCCAGGUGAUGGAUCAACAGCACAUUCCUUUCGACGUCCCGGCCGAUGAUUUUUCUCGGGGUAGUGCUGCCCUCCUUUCUAGUCCGCCAGCAUAUUCAUCAAUAGCGGCACAGCGCGCGAGUCCCGUGGAAAAAGACAGGGGAAUGACGCGAAUAUCGACACAUGGCUCAAAUAUUAUCUGCUUUCCAUCGGAUAACGCCACUAGUGAAUAUUCACGUCGGGAGGAUUCGCUGGUUGUCAAUACUUCCCACAGUAACUCAUACCAUGAGGCACUUCAGCAUUCCGCGGCAGACAAUCUCAGUGGGCUUGGGCUAUUCACUCCUCAAGAAUCACUCGAAACGGGCGUCCACGGAGAGAAUUUCACGAUGAAUGACUCUUUCACAACCAUGACGCUUUCGCCCCAGACAUUGUCAAUGGAUGAACAGGCAUUCGACGAGCUUUUUCGCCAGAGGCACGAUGCCAGCUAUGACUUUGACGAAACCAAUGUAAGAGGCAAUCCAAACGAGGUGGGAGAUGGUUCAGCCACGGCCAAGAAGGAACGAUGA